AUGACAGAGAAUAAUGGAUAUGCCGAUGAGGCAACCGAAACAUCACCUCUACUUGUCAAUGCUCAGUCAUCGUCGAUCAUCGAUAAUGAAGCGCAAAUAUCACAUUUACGUGAGACUAUUGAACUGUCAGACAUUGCCGACGAAUCUCCGUAUGAAGAAGUGACAGCUAAUGUUUCAAAUCAAGAUAACCCAAUGCUGCCUUGUCUCACAUUUCGUUCAUGUGUUCUCGGUCUCCUAUUUACUUGUAUUCUAGCGUUUGUUAAUCAAUUUUUCACUUAUCGGACAAUACCGAUUUUUCUCAGCAUGAUAGUUGCCCAACUUCUCUCAUAUCCGAUGGGGAAAGCAAUGGCUUCGGUAUUACCUCGACGAACACACGUACUAUUUGGUGGACGAUGGCAAUUUUCACUCAACCCUGGUCCAUUUUCUGUUAAAGAACACUGCAUUAUUUCUAUAAUGGCCAAUGCAGCAAGUGGUACGUCAAUGGCUAUUCAAGUCAUAACCAUUCAGCGCAUUUUCUACAAGCAUACCGUGGGCUACGUUAUUAGUCUACUUUUUGUCCUCUCAUCUCAAACUCUUGGUUAUGGUAUGGCAGGUAUCAUGCGAAAAUUCGUUGUAAGACCAGCAGCAAUGAUAUGGCCCGGUAAUCUUCCUACGUGUGCACUGUUUCGUGUUUUGCACGACGAUGAAAAUGAAGAGCGACAAAAUAACGAAACUAACGUGACAACAACUAGUCGACGAAUGUCUCGUGUCCAUUUUUUCUACAUGGUCUUUUUCUUUCAAUUUUUAUGGUAUUGGAUUCCCGGUUAUAUUUGUCCGGUUCUGUCACUGUUUUCAUUGCUAUGCUGUAUUGAUCCGACCAACAUUGUACUAUCUCAAGUGACUGGUGCCAACGGACUUGGACUUGGUUCGUUCGAAUUAGACUGGAAUGCUUGGAUAUCAUUCUUAGAUUCUCCCAUUGUUGUUCCGUUCUGGGCUCAGUUAAAUAUUCUUCUAGGUUUUGUUAUUCUCGUAUGGAUUAUUACCCCAGCUGCCUACUAUACGAAUCUAUGGAACUCGAAAGCAAUGCCAAUUGUUUCAAAUCAAGUCUUUACUAUCGAAGGUUACUUAUACAAUGUUAGUGCUGUGCUUGAUUCUAAUCUACGUUUGAACGAAACAGCAUAUAAUAUUUACGGCCAGCCGCGUAUAACAGCUAUAUUUGCUUUUAACUAUGCUAUUGGAUUUGCUGGUACUACUUGCAUUCUUGUUCAUACUUGUCUCAAUGAAGGUAAAGAUAUCUUCAAUCGAUUUCGUUCAUCAAUAUCCGAUGUUGUUGACGAUAUUCAUGGCACAUUGAUGGCUCAAUAUCCUGAAGCACCAGAAUGGUGGUAUAUAAUUGUAUUCAUUGUUGGCUUCGCUAUCGCAUUGAUCGUUUGUCAAGUUGGUGGAUUUAUGCCGUGGUAUAUGCUUUUUCUAGCUGUGAUUAUUGGAUUUAUUUUUCUUCUACCAAAUGCAAUCAUGCAAGCAGUUGCCAAUAUCACAAUGGGACUCAAUGUUCUUACAGAAUUCAUAGCUGGUGUGAUCAUGCCCGGUGAUCCCAUUGCUAAUGUUACAUUUAAAACGUACGCAUAUAUCACACAGGUUCAAGGUUUAUUUUUUCUCUCCGAUCUAAAACUUGGUCAUUAUAUGAAAAUUCCUCCGCGUAUCAUGUUUAUGACACAAAUUGUUGCCACUGUUGUUGCUUGUAUUGUCAAUUUUGUGACUGCUAUUUAUCUCAUCGAAACGAUUCCAAAUAUUUGUACAGAGAAAAAUAUUGAAUGGAGAUGUCCAAUUUCAACCACUUUCUAUUCGGCUUCGAUUAUCUGGGGUGCUAUAGGUCCACUGAAAAUUUUUGGUCCAAAUUCAGUCUAUUGGCCACUGCUUUUCGGUUUUCUGAUCGGUGCAUUCUUGCCUGUGCCAGUUUGGAUUUUACGUAAAAAGUAUCCAGCUACCAAGUGGCUCCAAUACGUACACUUCCCAAUCAUGCUUUCUGCCACUAGCGCCAUACCAACGGCACCACCUGGUGAAUAUACAUCAUGGCUCAUCGUUGGAUUUCUAUUCAAUUUUAUACUCUAUCGAUAUGCACAUGACUGGUGGAAGCGAUACGCAUUUGUGUUUUCGGCUUCAAUGAGUUGUGGCGUUGUUGUAAGUGCAUUGCUAAUCUUUUUUGCAUUGACAAACAAUAAUGUCAACUUUCCAACAUGGUGGGGAACAGGUGGAAUUACUGGUGAUGGUUGUCCCUUAGCAAGUGCAAAUUUUUCCGGUAUUAUGCCAGAUUAUAAGCCAUUGAUGUAA